CGAGAGAGAUCUAGAGAAAGACAGAGGCUACGUGGAGCACACAAGAAGGAACAAGAUUAUUCAUGAUGAAGCAGACCCAGGUGGACGCCUCUAGCUAACGCACCAACCCUUCUCCUGUCUUCUACACUUAUCCUCUUCUUUCAUAAACGUAAACCAACGCACAUGAGUCGCUCAGGCUAAGGGCAAUCAACAGCAGCAGCAGCAGCAGAAGAAGAACAAGAAGAAGAAGGUAAGUCAGGCAAGGCGCAGAAGCCAUGGAUUUGGACUCCGUGUACAAAGAGAUUGCAGACAUAAUGAGCUUCUCUGAGGAGAUGGAGGAGGCGCUGCAGCCCCAUGCUAGGGCUUAUGUCACCGACACCAGGUCCAUGCUCCACACCCCAGCUGACAUCUACGAGCAUCCCAACUCCUACUCCUUCGUAGUAGACAUGCCGGGCGUGGAACCCCAAGAUGUCAAGGUGAGAGUAGACGAUGGCAUUCUUCACGUAUCAGGCAGGAGAAAGAAGAAGGCCGGAAAAGAUGAAGGGGAACGUGAUGAGGAGGAGAAGGAGGAGGACAAGAAGGUAGUGAGGGUGUUAAGGCAGGAGAGGAAGAGGAGGGCCAGGUUUGUGAGGAAGUUCCACCUCCCAGAGGAUGCAGAUGAGGAGGCCAUGGAGGCGUCUUACAGGCACGGCGUGCUGACUGUAACAGUGAAGAAGGAGGCCAAGGAAGAGGAGCCACCAAAGACCAAGGUCAUCACUAUACCAGUCUCGUAGCUUCAACGUGGGCACAGCGAGAAGCACGAAGAAAUCGAGCUCUUCAGUGAAGAAACUUGAGGUCGACGUCGAGUUAAAAAAAGUGAAUGUUUCUUUCAAUUGCCAGUAGUACUCCUGAGGAGGUUCUAGAGUGGUAGUUAGUCUUCAUGGUAAACAUGGUAUAGGCAUUGUUGCAGAAAUAUUAAGACUGUAGACAAAUUUGUGCUGAAGUU